AUGGAGUCAGGAAAAGCACAGAUAUUCACUGUAGAAAACGCUGGCACAAAGGAGAGAAUCAUACUUCCUAAUAACAAAUUUUUAAGGAACGUGGAAAAGGUCAGAAUAGAGUUCGUUACUGAAUCAGCUAACCAGGAAGCGAACUUGAAAUUUGAAUUUUUAACCUGCAAAGAGGCUCCCACUACCACAACAGUUCCAACUACUACAACAGUUCCAACUACUACAACAGUUCCAACUACUACAACAGUUCCAACUACCACAACGGUUCCAACUACUACAACGGUUCCAACUACUACAACAGUUCCAACUACCACAACGGUUCCAACUACUACAACGGUUCCAACUACUACAACAGUUCCAACUACCACAACGGUUCCAACUACUACAACGAUUCCAACUACUACAACAGUUCCAACUACUACAACAGUUCCAACUACUACAACAGUUCCUACUACUACAACGGUUCCAACUACUACAACAGUUCCAACUACUACAACAGUUCCUACUACUACAACAGUUCCAACUACUACAACAGUUCCGACCACAACAUUGGUUCCAACUACAACAACUACUGAACCUACAACCUUUAGCACAACUACUGUUGUUACCACUGCACCAAGUACAGCAACAUCACCCACAACAACUAAAGAAACGACAACGAUUACAACAACAGCGAGCACUGCAGCUGAAACAACAACCACUUCUACAACUACUGUUACCACUACAACAACACCAACACCAGUAACAAAAGAAAACUGUGCUGAUGAACUUAAUGCCUACGAGCAACAGCGAUCAGAAACGUAUGGGUCAACCCCACUGGCGCGAAGCCUCGUCGUUCCGUUCACAACCCCAGUAACACUAACUGGUGUUCAGCUACAGGGAGACACUGCUGGUAAUGCUAUAACUAGUUUCACCAUGAGCUAUAAACUGUUUGGAGACGACUUUCCAAAAGAAGUUAUGGAUGAGAAGUCAGAGGAAGUACAGGUGUUCAGUGUUCCAUUGGAUGCUGACAUUGCGGAGAAGGUCAAUGUUGCUCUACCAUUUAAUCAACUUGAUAACGUCAUCGAGGUUACCCUGUCAAAUAUCAAUGUGCCUUCUGAUAAAAAGGCCAGUUUCAAAGUCUUCUUCGAAGGCUGUGCUAAACCAAUGACAACAACCCCAACAACAACUAAAGAGGUGACAACAACCGUGUCAACCACAACACCAGAGAAGAUUGAAACUACUAAGGUAGCAACAACGACCACAACCACGCCAGAAACUACAACAACAUCAGCACCUACAACAACCACAAUAGUCACUACUCCUGAGGGGACAACUACAACAGAGAGUACAACAACAGCAACAACAGUUGCUCCAACAACAGCAGAAUACUGUGUCAAGGGAGAAAAGGGAUCCGAGAAGAGGCGUCAAACAUCUCCAGAAGGUGGUGAAGAGGCUUCUCUCAUCAACAUUGACUCCCAAUCCCAAUGGAGCUUCACAAUUCCGACCACCAAUACUCCCCGUCAGGACAGACCGAGCAUUACAGUUGACUUUGAGACACCUGUAAAACUUGUUGGUGUAGACCUUCAAGGUGCUCCUCAAGAAAAUGGUGAAUUACGAUUCGCAAUUUAUGUCAAGACUGAAGAAAAUGGAGACUUUGAUCAGCUUAUCGGCAGUAGUGAGAAUAUGGUUGAAUUAUUGGAAGGAGAUACCAUCCAGAAUGUAUUGUUUGCCACCUCUGACAUUCCAAGAACAGUUAGAGCAGCUCGCCUUGAAAUUAUUCAGCUAAGUCUUACAGACAAAACAACCGGAACUCUUAGACUGGUUUUCAAGAGUUGCAAAGAGGAUUUGACAACCACUACGGAAGUAACAACCACACAUGUUACAACUACUCCCAGUACAUCUACAGUACCAACCACUGAGCAGACUACAACAAAGAUAGUUACCACCACAACAGAAGCAACUACCACAGAAACUACAACAGUCACAACUGAAAAGCCAUCUACAACUACGUUGACUACCAUUGUUACUACUGUGCCAACAACAACGACUGCUCCAACAACAACUAAAGAAACAACUAUUGUUACCACAUUGCCGGCAACAACAACUGCUCCAACAACAACUACGGAAACAACAACAACAACGACAACAGCAAGCACUGCAGCUGAAACAACAACCAUUUCCACGACUACUGUUGCCACUACAACAACGCCAACACCCACAACAAAAGAGUUUUGCAAGAGCUUCGAAUCACUGACUGUCCAGGAGAAAAGUCGUUUAUCAAGGCCAAAGUUUUCAGGACUUGAGUAUUCAACAUUUGACACCAAUUGGGCGUUCAAGUUCAGAGCUACUACAAUAGUUUUCUACAUAAAUUUUAAUUCUCCUGUUAAAAUUGAUGAAAUUCAAAUUCUUAGCGAAAAUAUCAAGGAAUUUAAAAUUGCAGCUGGUACAACCUACACCUCAUCUAUUAUGGAGUCAGGAAAAGCACAGGUAUUCACCUUAGAUAACACUGUGAGAAAGGAGAGAAUCAUACUUCCUGAAAACAAAUUAUUAAGGAAUGUGGAAAAGGUCAGAAUAGAGUUCGUGACUGAAACCGUUGACCAGGAAGCAAAUUUGAAAUUUGAAUUUUUAACCUGCAAAGAGGCUCCCAGUACCACAACAGUUCCAUCCACCACAACAGUUCAAACUACCACAGCAGUUCCAACUACCACAACGGUUCCAACUACUACAACAGUUCCAACUACCACAACGGUUCCAACUACUACAACAGUUCCAACUACCACAACAGUUCCAACUACUACAACGGUUCCAACUACCACAACGGUUCCAACUACUACAACAGUUCCAACUACUACAACAGUUCCAACUACUACAACAGUUCCAACUACUACAACGGUUCCAACUACCACAACGGUUCCAACUACCACAACAGUUCCAACUACUACAACAGUUCCAACUACCACAACGGUCUCAACAACCACUGUUCCAACUACAACAACUACUGAACCUACAACCACUAGCACAACUACUGUUGUUAGCACUAGACCAACUACAGCAACAAUGCCCACAACAACUACGGAAACAACAACAAUGAAAACAACAGCGAGCACUGCAGCUGAAACAACAACCACUUCUACAACUACUGUUACCACUACAACAACACCAACACCGGUAACAAAAGAAAACUGCGCUGAUAAACUUGGUGCAUAUGAACAACAGCGUUCUGAAUCAUAUGGGACGGCCCCAUCGGAACGAAGCCUCAUUGUUCCGUUCACCACCCCAGUAACACUAACUGGUGUUCAGCUUAAGGGAGACAGUGCUGGUAAUGCUAUAACUAGUUUCACCAUGAGCUAUAAACUGUUUGGAGACGACUCUCCAAAAGAAGUCAUUAAUGAGAAGUCAGAAGUACAGGUGUUCAGUGUUCCAUUGGGUGCUGACAUUGCGGAGAAAGUCUAUGUUGCUCUACCAUUUAAUCAACUUGAUAACGUCAUCGAGGUUACCCUGUCAAAUAUCAAUGUGCCUUCUGAUAAAAAGGCCAGUUUCAAAGUUUUCUUCGAAGGCUGUGCUAAACCAGUUACUGUUAUCCCAACAACAACGAAAGAGGUGACUACAACUGUGUCAACCACAACACCAGAGAAGAUUGAAACUACUAAGGUAGCAACAACAACCACAACUACGCCUGAAACUACAACAACAUCAGCACCUACAACAACCACAAUAGUCACUACUCCUGAGGGAACAACUACAACAGAGAGUACAACAACAACAGUUGCUCAAACAACAGCAGAAUACUGUGUUGAGGAAGAAAAGGGAUCCGAGAAGAGCCGUCAAACAUCUCCAGAAGGUGGUGAAGAGACUUCUCUCAUCAACAAUGACUCCCAAUGGAGCUUCACAAUUCCGACCACCAAUACUCCCCGUCGGGACAGACCGAGCAUUACAGUUGACUUUGAGACACCUGUAAAACUCGUUGGUGUAGUCCUUCAAGGUGCUCCUCAAGAAAAUGGUGAAUUGCAGUUUGUAGUUUCCAUCCAGACUGAAGACAGCGGUGACUUUGACAAAAUUGUUGGCAGCAGCGAUGGCACAUCUGCACUUUUGGAUGGAGACACUGUGAAGUCGGUGCUAUUUGACUCUUCAGAUAUUCCUAGAAGUGUAAGGGCGGCUCGUCUGGAAGUUAUUGACCUGAGCAAUCCCAGCACGAGUACAGGAACUCUAAGGCUAGCUUUUAAGAGUUGCCAGGAAGGCGCUGUAACGGAGAAAACUACCACCAUCUUCACAACAACAACUGUACCAACAACCACAUUGGCACCCACAACUACCACAAUGGCACCUACCACAACCACAGCCGCACCUACCACAACCACAGCCGCACCUACCACAACCACAGCCGCACCUACAACAACCACAGCAGCACCUACAACAACCACAGCUGCACCUACAACAACCACAGCCGCGCCUACCACAACCACAGCCGCACCUACCACAACCACAGCCGCACCUACAACAACCACAGCAGCACCUACAACAACCACAGCUGCACCUACCACAACCACAGCCGCACCUACCACAACCACAGCCGCACCUACAACAACCACAGCCGCACCUACCACAACCACAGCCGCACCUACAACAACCACAGUCGCACCUACCACAACCACAGCCGCACCUACCACAACCACAGUCGCACCUACAACAACAACAUUGGCGCCUACUACAACAACCACAUUGGCGCCUACAACAACUACAGUUGCACCUACAACUACAACAAAAGCUACAACUACAACAAGUGUUACUACCACCUUGGCAUCAACAACAACAGUAGAGGAGACUACAGCUGUAGUAACUACAACUCCUCUGACUACUACCUCCACAAGCAAGCCAACCACAACAGAGGUAACAACCAAACGCAUUACGACUACUCCCAGUACGACUACUGCACCAACCACUGAGCAGACUACAACUCUAAAAGUGACUACAACUCCAGAGGCAACUAUCACAGAGAAGAUUGUCUUGGGGACUGGAGAUACGAUAACUCGCACUACCAAAAAAGGAAGAAGACCAUCAACCCCGUCUACCACAACGGUGACAACUGUAGUUACUACCAUACCAACAACAGCAACAACUCCCACAACAACUACGGAAACAACAACAAUGACAACAACAGCAAGCACUGCAGCUGAAACAACAACCACUUCUACAACUACUGUUACCACUACAACAACACCAACACCGGUAACAAAAGAAAACUGCGCUGAUAAACUUGGUGCAUAUGAACAACAGCGUUCUGAAUCAUAUGGGACGGCCCCAUCGGAACGAAGCCUCAUUGUUCCGUUCACCACCCCAGUAACACUAACUGGUGUUCAGCUUAAGGGAGACAGUGCUGGUAAUGCUAUAACGAGUUUCACCAUGAGCUAUAAACUGUUUGGAGACGACUCUCCAAAAGAAGUCAUUAAUGAGAAGUCAGAAGUACAGGUGUUCAGUGUUCCAUUGGGUGCUGAUAUUGCGGAGAAAGUCUAUGUUGCUCUACCAUUUAAUCAACUUGAUAACGUCAUCGAGGUUACCCUGUCAAAUAUCAAUGUGCCUUCUGAUAAAAAGGCCAGUUUCAAAGUUUUCUUCGAAGGCUGUGCUAAACCGGUUACCGUUAUCCCAACAACAACUGAAGAGGUGACAACAACCGUGUCAACCACAACACCAGAGAAGAUUGAAACUACUAAGGUAGCAACAACGACCACAACCACGCCAGAAACUACAACAACAUCGGCACCUACAACAACCACAAUAGUCACUACUCCUGAGGGAACAACUACAACAGAGAGUACAACAACAACAACAACAGUUGCUCCAACAACAGCAGAAUACUGUGUUGAGGAAGAAAAAGGAUCCGAGAAGAGCCGUCAAACAUCUCCAGAAGGUGAAUACUGUGUCGAGGAAGAAAAGGGAUCCGAGAAGAGCCGUCAAACAUCUCCAGAAGGUGGUGAAGAGACUUCUCUCAUCAACAAUGACUCCCAAUGGGGCUUCACAAUUCCGACCACCAAUACUCCCCGUCGGGACAGACCGAGCAUUACAGUUGACUUUGAGACACCUGUAAAACUUGUUGGUGCAGACCUUCAAGGUACUCCUCAAGAAAAUGGUGAAUUACGGUUCGCAAUUUAUGUCAAGACUGAAGAAAAUGGAGACUUUGAUCAACUUAUUGGCAGUAGCGAGAAUAUGGUUGAAUUAUUGGAAGGAGACACCAUCCAGAAUGUAUUGUUUGCCAUCUCUGACAUUCCAAGAACAGUUAGAGCAGCUCGCCUUGAAAUUAUUCAGCUAAGUCUUACAGACAAAACAACCGGAACUCUAAGACUGGUUUUCAAGAGUUGCAAAGAGGAUUUGACAACCACUACAGCAGUAACAACCACACAUGUUACAACUACUCCCAGUACAUCUACAGUACCAACCACUGAGCAGACUACAACAAAGAUAGUUACCACCACAACAGAAGCAACUACCACAGAAACUACAACAGUCACAU